ACGGCUACGCCUUUUCUCAAGAUGAGAACGGAGUGGUGUCCCAGUCUGAGGUCAUCAGAGCGUACGACACGACCAAACAGAGGACCAGCGAGUGGUGAGCCGCCCGUCCGAACACUUUGGAGCCACAGCUGCUGCUUCCACUGGUGAUAAACGCUGCGAGUGUACACCUCCCUCACUAAAGGAAGUUAUGGACAUAAGAUGGCAUGAAGAAAGAGAGUAUAUAUAAAAAUAAUAACCGUGAAGGGGGAAUGGAAGACACGAAACAAAACGUGUUCACUGUCAGCUGUAUUUGUUUGUCCAGCAGAAACGAGGAGCACUGUGCGUUCUUUACAUUCUGUGGUCUGAAGUUCUUCACUGUUCUCGCUCGGCUUGUCGGAGCGAACCUCUCCUUACUAUUGAAUGACAGCUUUUAGCACUGAGCCACAAAGCCUAAAACCGUUGUAUGAAAUCACUCCUAAACACUGUAAACGUUCAAAACACCAGACUACGGGCAGUUUAAAGAAAUCGGAGACGUCAAAGAUUGCCAAAGAGCAGUCGUCGUUGCAAUCGUCCAAGCACUUGUGAAUUGGGAAAACUUCAACGUGUAUGCAACUAAACGUAUUCCCACGCUGGACAGACCACUCCCGAGCAAAUGUUUGUAACUUUUUUUUGUGUGUGUGUGCUCUGAUGUAAGCGUCUCUUGUGUAAAGCCUUACAUUUGCUCAUGCUUUCAUCGUUCAUUCUUUUAAAACGCGUUACCGUAUUUUUCGGACUAUAAGGCGCAUUAAGCAAAACAAAACGGUCAGAUAAGUCGA